AUGGCACUCGAACUGGCCGAAGAGCUGGGAGCAGCAGGAGCCAUAUUCAAGUUCGCGGAUGCUGACGUGGAUGGUCCGGCUAUUGUCGCUGUCUGGUUGACGGUGACAUGGGGAAAUGACUUUCAACUCCGCCACUGUUUCGCUUCUGAUAUUCUGGGAUGGCAGGCGGAUGUGGGGCUUCUUCUGGUAGAAGGGGCGUUUGGAUCUGCGGGCGGUCGUAAGGACGUGAAACGUAAAGGAAGAGGAAGAUCGAUGGACGUAUGUAUGGUCUCCAAUCAGGCGCAUAUUCAAAUAUUCACUGGUCACCGGCACGUGUUGGGAUUUACCGCUGAUGAUUUGUGCAAUCUCGCUCUGUCGGCGCUGGUUCCUGGCUGUUUCAUUGAUCUGUCUGGGGUAUGCGUGGAUUGUAAGAGGAAAAGUCAUGCUCAAGUCGCGCUCCUGGUGCAUAAUUUUCAAACGGUCAUCAAAACGGGUAUGUUCUUGGUAUGUGACUGGAAGGUUAAAUCGCGCCAGUGA